AUGCUGCCGUCGCAGGAGGCCUCCAAGCUGUACCAUGACAACUACAUGCGGAACUCGCGGGCCAUCGGCGUGCUCUGGGCCAUCUUCACCAUCUGCUUCGCCAUCAUCAACGUGGUCGUCUUCAUCCAGCCCUACUGGAUCGGCGACAGCGUCAGCACGCCCAAGCCGGGCUAUUUCGGCCUCUUCCACUACUGUGUGGGCAACGAAGGCAACAACCGGGAACUCACCUGCCACGGCUCCUUCGCCGACUUCCGCAGCAUCCCCUCGGGCGCCUUCAAGGCCGCCUCCUUCUUCGUGCUGCUCUCCAUGGUGCUGAUCUUGGGCUGCAUCACUUGCUUUGCCCUCUUCUUCUUCUGCAACACGGCCACGGUCUACAAGAUCUGUGCUUGGAUGCAGCUGCUGGCAGCUCUCUGCCUGGUGCUGGGCUGCAUGAUCUUCCCAGACGGCUGGGACUCAGAGACCGUCAGGGACAUGUGCGGGGAGAAGACGGGGAAGUAUUCGCUGGGCGACUGCUCUGUGCGUUGGGCUUAUAUCUUAGCCAUCAUUGGCAUCUUGAACGCCCUUAUCCUCUCCUUCCUGGCCUUUGUCCUCGGCAACCGGCAGAACGACCUGCUUCACGAGGAGCUCAAAACAGAAAACAAAGAUUUUGUUGGCACUGCGAGGAUAUAAUGUAGAAGAGGCAGGAGGCCCCCUUUCACUGGUACCUGGACUGGACUCUCAUCCUUCGCUCCUCAUCUCCUCAUGGCCUUUCUUUUGCGGCUGCCAACUGGGGGAAAACCCCGUCCCGCUCCACGGUCUCAGAAUUCUCCAACCUCACCUGCGUGCCGUUUCCAGAGACAUGGUCAUCCCUCACGAUUUGCCAGCUUUGACUCGUAUUCCCUCUGCUGAUUGGCUGCUGAUGGAGGGAAGGCGGGCCAAGAAACUCUUCCCCAGCCUGCAUUUACUGCUUCUAGGGAGAGGAAACAUGCACAUUCCAACUGUAUGUUUAAAAAGGAAUGACGUCCCUGGAAUUUUUAAUACUUCCUUUUCAAGAUUUCCUCCUUUCUGGGAGAAGCCUCCAGCAGGGUCUUCAAGGCCGUUCUUCCCACGAUGUUGCUGCUGCCACCGCUGCCGCCGCCACUGCCGCCACAAACUACUAGGGCACCUCCUUGCCCCACCUCUCCUCAUUUUUAACUUUUUGGCCCCUUUGCUCAUCCCUGCAGCCGUUCAGUACCAUGCAGUGCCCAAGGCUGGCCCAUUUGAUACUUUUAUGUGUAAAUGAAAUUGUCUCUGAACAGGGUAAGGUGAGCCCAGAUCCCCUUCCCUUGGGGGAUUUCAGCCACCAGAACUUUGCAUUUUCCACUCAUUCUGCCCAGGUAACGCAGCCGCACCUUGAAAUCGACAAAAAGGGGAAUAGGGAAAGGUCUGGUCAGCUGGUUUUUCUCUGCUCACUGUGGGGAUCUCUCCAAUCUCAACCUGCAAGAUGAGUCCUUGAACACUGAAUGUAAUUCUUGGCUAGAACCCCCCCGUACCAGCCAGUAAGCAAAGGAGCCAAAG